UUUUCGCAAUCUGAAUCUCCACACGACUCCUUCGAACUCUAUAUAUAUGAACAUCUCCUCCGAACAUUUCUUUCAUCCGCUUCCAGAUUUUACUUCUUCAUCUGUACAAUUCAGACGUCUUACAUGUAAAUUCCAGAAUUCUAUUCAUGGAAGACAAAGACACAGAGCUACUGUGCAAGGUCACUGUAAACCAUCUAUUCUUGGCUCAAUUCGAGCCUUUCCGGGCCACGGUGCGGAGCCUCCGAGCCCGAAAUCCGGACCUGACAAGGGCCAUCCUCCAGACAAUAGUUUCCAGUGGCGGACGGCUGGGAAACGAUGACUUGGAUGCGGAGGGUAGGAUUCUGUGGUCCGACUCAUGUCCUUCACCUGCCGUACUCACCUUCCUCUGCACCCUCGAGCUCCUUGAGUUCCCCGAUGCCACCUCGCAGCUCUGGUCUUUUGAUGAUAAUUCGCUAAAAUUGCGUGCUGAGUUCUUGCUAUAUGUCCACACGAUGAGCGCUCGGGUUUUGAGUGAGUUCAAAGAAAGUGUAAAUUUGGAGGGAAAUGAGAAUUUUGAUGAAGGAACUACGAGAAAUGAGGAGUUGAGGAUUUUGCAAGGGUUUUUGGAGGUGGGUUCGAGCAGGUUGAAGCCGGAUUUGACUGAGUUGGAAGAAAACAGAGAAGAAAAUGAUGGUUUUUCAGGGGGUUUCACGGAAGAGGAAAUAAUGGGAUUGAGGGGGUUAAUUUUGAAGAUUCCAGACAUUUUUUAUGUGUUGUGCGGGAACAUAGAUAAGCAAGUUGGGUGCGUGGAGAAUGAUGAUUCAGGAUUGGCAAUCACAUUAAGAACAGAUAUGAUGCGGAGGGAGAAGGAAGAGAGGAUGCUCAGAUUGAUACAAAAAUGUGUCCAGGUAGCACAUAUAGAUGCCAUGAGGGAAUGUUUGGAAGAAAAUAAUGAAGAUGGUGCGGUUUCACAUAUUAGGUUUCUUCAUUUGGAUCACGGAGUGGAGGAGGCCGAGUACAGCAUGAUUUUGCAAGAUCUCCUCAAGAAGUUUUCAUCAGGGAAGGCUGAUUAUGGAGAUAACUGGCAGGCUAUGCGAGCUAAAGUCUUCUUAGUGUAUUCAGAAGCACUUUCGUCUAAUUGCACACGCCUUGCUCAAAUGAUUCNGGGAGGAGUUGAACAUUGUGAGUCUCAGGAGAUGAUGGAAGCGGGAUACUACAACGACGACGACGGGGGGGUUGACUUAGUGGGGUUCAACCGGAAUGAAGUAGACACGGGAAUUGCAGUAGAACGAGAGGUAGAAUCACUGUCUAAGGAAGGGGAGUCGAAUAUGGAGAACUUGGAGACGAUGACAAUGGGCGUUGUGAAAGAAAACGAAGCGACAUAUUCGACAUCAAGGAUUAUGAACACUUAUAAUAGGAGGACAAAAGAAAAUGACAUGGGGACCGAAAGAGCUUUGGUGUUGUGGGUAGAUGGUACCAAGAAGGGAGAAAGCGGCAGUGACGUUAUACAAGUGGUUGAAGAGAAAGAACGGUCCUUUGAUCAUCUGGAGGGUUAUCACGGAGAAGAAACUUCGGAAGCUGAUGAGCUGGAGGCUAAUAGGGGACAAGGCAUCAGUACACAUGGAGGUAAAUUAAGACGAAAUGGUGAUCGCAAACUUAAGAGGCUCGAAUGGUUAGUAAAUUAUGCUGGGUAUCAGUUUUUGGGGUCAUCAGGGGUAUCAGGAGGCGUGUUGGUAAUGUGGGACACUAGAGUGCUUGAGAUGGAGGAGGAGUUUAUGGGCCUAAUUAUGAUGACAGUAGAGAGGGCUCGUGGGGAUGAACUUGCUGAAAUGAUGGCUUGGAGGGGUAAUGGAAGAAGGCCUUUUAGGUUUGAGAAGAUGUGCUUGAAAGUUGAAGGUUUUAGGGAGCGAGUACAGACUUGGUGGACUUCCUAUGAAGUCAGCGGGUCUCCCAGUUUUAGAGAGGAGUUGGAUAGGCGGGAGGAGAGUCAAGGGUUGGCUGGGGAGGAGAAGGGGAGAUGUAGAGUAUUAAAGGAAGAGAUGGAGAGGGUCGCCAAUUCUAAUAGGCGGAACAAUUUCAUCACAGUUUUGGAGGUGGACGGGGUUACUUAUAAGGAACCACAGGAAAUUGGAAGCCAACUGGUGAAUUUCUAUCAUAACCUCUAUCGAGAUUGGAUGGAGAGACCAUUUGGGGAGGAUGAUAUUAAGGAGAUAGUGUUCAGCAUGAACGAUGAUAAGGUUCCGGGAUCAGACGGUUUCUCAUUUCAGAGAAGUUCUAACGCUACAUUUAUUGUGCCCAUUCCUAAGAAAUUGGGAAUGAUUGAUAUUAAAGACUUUCGCCCUAUUAGCCUUGUCAGUGGGGUAUAUAAGAUUACAGUGAAAGUCUUUGACAGAUUAAAGGAAGUGCUGGGGAAAGUAGUGUUCAAGUUUCAUAAUGCAUUUGUAAAAGGACUUUUGGUCAACGGAACACUUGAUGGUUAUUUCCGGAGUAGUAAAGGCUUGAGACAAGGGGAUCCAUUGUCUCCAUUAUUAUUUGUCAUUGUUAUGGAGGCUUUCAGUAGGAUGAUUGAAAGAGCUGUGGGAGCGGGUUUGAUAAGGGGUUUUAUGGUUGAUCAAAUCAAUUUGGGGAAGUCUGAGACUAUUCCAGUAGGGGAGGUCGAUAACGUGGAGUUGGCUGAUAUAUUGGGUUGUAAAGUUGCGCAGCUGUUGAUAUCAUAUUUAGGGCUCCCGUUAGGGGCACGAUUUAAAAGUACCCAUAUCUGGAAUGAUAUUGUGGAAAGGAUGGAGAGAAGAGAUCAACUGCUGAAGGAAGGAUUUCCUUCCUUGCACCGCAUUGCUCAGUACCCUUCUGCUAUGGCGAGUGAUCUUUUAGUCAUUCAUAAUGGGAGCUAUAGAGAGAGUGAUUGUAGCAGGUGGAGGAUAGCACGAGAUGGCAUUUUCUCAGUUCGCUCUUACUUUAGUUCUCUCUUGGAAUAUGUGAAUAAUUCAUUCCUCUGGAAGUUGACAGUUGUAAGGGGACAGGUUUCAACGGUGGAUAAUCUUCGACAUAAAGGUUUUUACGUAACCGAGUGGUGUUAUAUGUGCAAGAAGGAUGGGGAGACGAUCGAUCAUUUGUUCAUUCAUUGUGAUGGUGUUUGUUGGAUUUGGAAUGGUAUACUUGGUUCUCAAUUUAUGGAUUGGGUGAUGCCUUGUCGUAUAGAAGACGUCCUACGAGCAUGGACGAGAAAACUUCGUGAUAAGAAUAGCAAACUAGCAUGGCACCUUUUCUUGGGUUACAUUAUAACACCCCGGGGAUGUUCCUUUGUUGUUCUGAAUGCAAGUUCUUCCUUGAGCUUUUCUUCUGUGGCACCGAGUGAUGUUGCACUCGCAUCGAGAGUGAGGCACAUUAAAUUGCGUGUUUUUCUUGCUUUCGAUUUUACCUAUUUCACCUUAUUAAUUGCUCAUGGUUUAUGGGCUCAAGGUAUGCUUUCUGAGAUCUAUCCUGGUAGUUCUCCUAAGAUUGGAUCAGCUUAUUGGGAUCAGAUUCUUGAGGUGGCAAUAAUUUCUGUAGUGAAGCGUGUCCUUAAGCGUCUGCACGAGUUGUUGGAACAGGACAAUCCGCCAGCUCUUCAGGACAUUUUGUCAGGGGAAAUGAUCCUCCCAUUGUCAAGGGAGUUUCAUAGACAAGGAAACAGGGAACGGACUCUUGUUUUGCUUCAUCAAAUGAUUGAUGAUGCUCACUGUGGCAAGCGUCAGUUCCUUAGCGGUAAGUUACAUAAUCUUGCAAGAGCUAUUGCUGAUGAAGAAACAGAAAGGGGUCAAACUAGAGUGAGCGUCCCAUAUUCUGACAGGAGAGAAAUUCCAAGCUAUGACAAGAAUGGGGUUCUGGGGCUUGGGUUGAGAGCCUCAAAGCAGUCAUCUUUGAUAUCACCAGCUGGUGAAAAUAACGUAAAAUCUGCAAGUUAUGAUAUCAGAGAUUCAGACCACACAACCAUUAGUCUUAACUUAUUGUUCAAAAUAAGAUUUAAAGCAUGUUCAGGAAGUGUUUAUAAAUGUUUGCUUCUUCCCUUUUCUUAUAUUUCUUAUGCAAGCCGUGAUCUUCAUCUGAUGCAGAUAUUCAUAGUGAAUAUUAUCAUCUCACUACUACACAUGGAUAACCUCCGUCUUGAUUUGACAUCACAUGAUCCAUUGAGGAGUUCUUCUGAAUCUUUUGAUAUUCCCAGUGGAGAACAAGCUGAUUCCACAACACAUGUAGGGGGAAAUAAGAUGGUUGUCUCCCUUCUUGGACAAGUACUUACUAUUCUGCGACAGCAACUACCCUUAUCACUAGCUGAUCUGGACAAUUCAUUGGAUGAUCAUAUAUCUGGUGGUGGAAAACAAGCCUUAGAAUGGGCAAUCUUGAAUGCAAAACAAUUCAUUGAAGAUUGGGAAUGGCGUUUGUCAAUUUUGCAACGCCUUCCACCGUUAUCUGAACGUCAGUGGAGGUGGAAGGAAGCUCUGACAGUGUUGCGUGCAGCCCCAUCUAAGCUACUCAAUCUUUGCAUGCAAAGGGCGAAGUAUGACCUAGGAGAGGAGGCUAUUCAUCGUUUCUCCUUACCUCCAGAAGACAAAGCCACCCUCGAAUUGGCUGAAUGGGUGGAUGGUGCCUUCAAAAAAGCAUCUGUGGAGGAUGCAGUAUCUCGAGCUGUUGAUGGUACUUUUGCUGUCCAUGAAUUGGAUUUCUUGUCCUUGCGCUCUCAGUUGGGUCAUUUGGCAGCUAUUCUCCUAUGCAUUGAUGUAGCUGCAGCAUCUGCUAAGCUACCAAACAUGUCUUUGAAGCUUCUAAAUCAGGCUCAAGGUAUGCUUUCUGAGAUCUAUCCUGGUAGUUCUCCUAAGAUUGGAUCAGCUUAUUGGGAUCAGAUUCUUGAGGUGGCAAUAAUUUCUGUAGUGAAGCGUGUCCUUAAGCGUCUGCACGAAUUGUUGGAACAGGACAAUCCGCCAGCUCUUCAGGACAUUUUGUCAGGGGAAAUGAUCCUCCCAUUGUCAAGGGAGUUUCAUAGACAAGGAAACAGGGAACGGACUCUUGUUUUGCUUCAUCAAAUGAUUGAUGAUGCUCACUGUGGCAAGCGUCAGUUCCUUAGCGGUAAGUUACAUAAUCUUGCAAGAGCUAUUGCUGAUGAAGAAACAGAAAGGGGUCAAACUAGAGUGAGCGUCCCAUAUUCUGACAGGAGAGAAAUUCCAAGCUAUGACAAGAAUGGGGUUCUGGGGCUUGGGUUGAGAGCCUCAAAGCAGUCAUCUUUGAUAUCACCAGCUGGUGAAAAUAACGUAAAAUCUGCAAGUUAUGAUAUCAGAGAUUCAGAAAUGAGAUUGUUUGGCCCCUUCACUUCCAAAAUCACAACAUACCUUUCACAAUUCAUUCUUCAUAUUGCUGCAAUAGGCGACAUUGUUGAUGGGACAGAUACAACUCAUGAUUUCAACUAUUUUUCACUUGUGUACGAGUGGCCCAAAGAUCUUUUGACUCGUUUGGUAUUUGAACGAGGCAGUACUGAUGCUGCUGGAAAGGUAGCAGAAAUUAUGAGUGCAGACUUUGUUCAUGAAGUAAUUUCUUCAUGUGUACCUCCAGUUUACCCUCCAAGAUAUGGUCGUGGUUGGGCUUGCAUUCCAGUAAUUCCUACACUCCCUCACAGUUAUCCUGAAAGUAAAGUUUUCUCACCUUCUAGAGAAGCUAAACCGAAGAUUUACUUCCGUUCUUCUGCCACUCCUGGAGUUCCUUUGUAUCCUUUGAAGUUAGAUAUAAUAAAGCAUCUCGUCAAGUUAUCUGCAGUCAGGGCCAUCCUAGCAUGUGUAUUUGGAAGUACAAUAUUGUAUUGUGGUAGUGAUCCUGCUAUAUCCAGUUCCUUAAAUGAUCGCUCACAGCUACCGCCCGAUAUUGAUAGAUUUUUCUACGAGUAUGCUCUCGAUCAGUCCGAGAGAUUCCCUACCUUGAAUCGGUGGAUACAAAUGCAGACUAACCUUCAUCGAGUGUCCGAGUUUGCUGUAAUGUCUGAAAACAGAGUAGAUGAAAGCAAAGAUAAUUCUGAAGCCAAAACUGCUAUGAAACGUUUUCGUGAUGAUGAUAGUGAUACUGAAUCAGAAGUUGAUGAUGUGGCUGUCAGUCAUAGCAUUUCAACCCCACUUCAUGAGCUUAAGGAUCAAGGCAGUGUGGCUCCUGACCCUUGGCUUGAAUCUCCAAAAUCUGAAAUUGGAGAACAUGAUAAAACAAUUUUCCUUGCUUUUGAUUGGGAGAGUGAAGGACCCUAUGAAAAAGCUGUAGUAAGAUUGAUUGAUGAAGGAAAAUUAAUGGAUGCUCUGGCUCUGUCUGAUCGCUUCCUGCACAAUGGAGCCUCAGACCAAUUGCUUCAGCUGCUUAUUAUAAGUGAGGAAGAAAGUGCCUUCUCUGGACGACAAGGCUAUUCUGACUUUCCUAUCUGGAGCAAUAGUUGGCAGUAUUGUCUACGUUUGAGGGAUAAACAGCUCGCAGCUAGACUCACCCUCAAAUACUUGCAUAGAUGGGAGCUACAAGCAGCUUUGGAUGUUCUUACCAUGUGUAGUUGUCAUUUGUCUGAUGGUGACCCGCUUAAAAUUGAGGUUGUUGAAAGGAGACUAGCUCUCUUGAGAUACAAACGUGUAUUGUGUGCAAAUGAUCACUACAACAGCUGGCAAGAGGUUGAGACAGAUUGUAAGGAAGAUCCUGAAGGCCUUGCACUUAGAUUGGCUGAGAAAGGAGCUGUAUCUGCUGCUCUAGAAGUGGCUGAAAGCGCUGGACUUUCUAUUGAAUUGCGGAGAGAACUGCAAGGUCGUCAACUUGUCAAGCUUCUCACUGCAGAUCCUGUAAAUGGUGGAGGUCCUGCAGAAGCUUCACGUUUUUUGUCUUCUUUACGCGACUCUGAUGAUGCUUUGUCCGUGGCAAUGAGUGCAAUGCAACUUUUACCCAACCUUCGAUCAAAGCAACUUCUUGUGCAUUUCUUCCUUAAGAGAAAAGACAGUAAUCUGUCAGAGGUUGAUGUCUCUCGGCUUAACUCAUGGGCUUUAGGCCUUCGGGUAUUGGCAGCACUGCCAUUACCAUGGCAGCAAAGAUGCUCUUCCCUACAUGAGCAUCCUCUUUUGGUUCUAGAGGUCUUGCUGAUGAGAAAACAGCUGCAAUCUGCUUCUCUGAUUCUUAAAGAGUUUCCUUCGUUGAGAGAGAACAACAUGAUACUUGCAUAUGCUGCCAAAGCUAUUGCUAUUAGCAUCAGUUCUCCCGCCAGGGAUUCAAGGAUAUCAUUUUCAGGUCCUAGAGCAAAGCAGAAAAUGAAGCCUAGCACACCUACUCGGUCAUCCUUUACUAGCAGUCUAAGUAACCUGCAAAAAGAGGCUCGCAGAGCAUUUUCUUGGACAGCUCGUAACGCAGAAGAUAAGAAUGCCCCCAAGGACAGUCAUAGGAAGAGAAAGAUCUCUGGAUUAACACAAUCUGACAAAGCUGCUUGGGAGGCAAUGGCUGGUAUUCAAGAAGACCGUGUGUCAUUAUUCACUGCAGAUGGGCAAGAACGGCUUCCUUCUGUUUCAAUUUCUGCAGAGUGGAUGCUCACAGGUGAUCCAAAGAAGGAUGAAGUUGUUCGUUCCUCUCACCGAUAUGAAAGUGCCCCAGACAUCAUUCUCUUCAAGGCACUGCUUUCACUAUGUUCGGAUGAAAGUGUAUCUGGCAAAGGUGCUCUGGACUUGUGCAUUAGUCAGAUGAAAAAUGUGUUAAGCUCCCAGCAAUUACAUGAAAAUGCAUCCAUGGAAACAGUUGGCCGAGCAUAUCAUGCAACGGAAACAUUUGUGCAGGGUCUGCUUUUUGCUAAAUCCCAGCUUAGAAAACUUUCUGGAAAUAGUGAUUUGUCUAGUAAUUCUGAAAAAGGUAGGGACGCUGAUGAUGCAUCCUCUGAUGCUGGUAGCUCUAGCUUGGGUAGUCAAUCAACCGACGAAUUAUCUGAAGCACUGUCACAGGUUGACAUUUGGCUAGGACGUGCUGAAUUGCUGCAAAGCCUUCUGGGAUCUGGGAUAGCUGCCUCACUUGAUGACAUUGCCGAUAAAGGGUCAUCUGAACAUCUCAGAGAUCGCUUGAUCCAAGAGGAACGAUACAGCAUGGCGGUAUAUACAUGCAAGAAGUGUAAGAUUGAGGUUUUCCCAGUGUGGAAUUCAUGGGGCCAUGCUCUGAUUCGGAUGGAGCACUAUGCACAAGCUCGUGUAAAAUUCAAGCAAGCUCUUCAAUUACACAAGGGUGAUCCUGCUCCCGUGAUUCUGGAGAUAAUCAAUACUAUUGAAGGAGGUCCACCGGUUGACGUUUCAUCUGUUCGGUCUAUGUACGAACAUUUGGCUAGAAGUGCACCAGCAGUCUUGGAUGAUCCUCUUUCAGCUGAUUCCUAUCUCAAUGUUUUGUACAUGCCAUCAACAUUUCCUCGUUCUGAGAGAUCUAGGAGGUCUCAAGAAGCUGCAAAUAAUAAUUCUAUAAAUAAUACCGAUCUCGAUGAUGUACCCCGCAGCAACCUUGACAGCAUUAGAUACCUUGAAUGUGUUAACUAUUUGCAAGAAUAUGCUCGUCCCCAUUUGCUUAGCUUCUUGUUUAGGCAUGGCCAUUAUGAAGAGGCUUGCUCGUUGUUUUUCCCUGCCAACUCUGCUCCCCCUCCACCUCAGCUAUCAUCACUAGGAGUGGUUACUUCUUCUUCUUCUCCUCAAAGACCAGAUCCUUUGGCAACCGAUUAUGGAACAAUAGAUGAUUUAUGCGACUUGUGUGUUGGUUAUGGUGCCAUGCCCGUUCUAGAGGAAGUGAUAUCGUCAAGGGUAUCAUUGUUACAGGAUCAGUCUAUGAAUCAGUAUACAGCUGUAGCUCUUGCCCGCAUCUGCCUUUAUUGUGAAACCCACAAACAUUUUAAUUACUUGCACGAGUUCCAGGUGAUCAGAAAGGACCAUGUGGCUGCUGGGCUUUGCUGCAUUCAGUUGUUCAUGAAUUCUGCUUCUCAAGAAGAAGCUUUAAAGCACUUGGAACGUGCCAAGGUCAGUCAUCACUGUCUUCAAUAUAUUUCCUUGUUAUGUAUCAACAUCAUGCUUCUUAUAUUGUUUUACUUCAAAGAUUUAGAAGGAAAAUGCUUGCCAGGGUUUGUGCCAGAAUCCUUAAUGAGAAGAUGCGAAAUUGCUGAAACUCUUGUUGAGAAGAUUUUUGAUUUGGCCUUCCAAUUAAUAUAUGAAUUUAAUCUUCCAGCUGUUGACAUAUAUGCUGGUGUUGCAUCAUCACUUGCUGAAAGAAAGAAGGGAGGUCAAUUGACUGAGUUUUUCAGAAACAUUAAGGGCACAAUAGACGAUGGUGAUUGGGAUCAGGUCUUGGGGGCAGCAAUUAAUGUGUAUGCCAACAAACACAAGGAACGCCCUGAUCGCCUCAUUGACAUGUUGACUAGCAACCACAGGAAAGUGUUGGCCUGUGUUGUUUGUGGUCGCCUGAAAAGUGCUUUCCAGAUUGCUUCUAAGAGUGGAAGUGUUGCUGAUGUUCAAUAUGUUGCACAUCAGGCAUUGCAUGCAAAUGCACUUCCAGUUCUUGAUAUGUGCAAACAGUGGUUGGCUCAGUACAUGUAGGUUAUAGCUCGACGCGCUAAGAGUUAUUUUGAGGUGAAUAUAGCUGCAGUAUGCUAUCAUGAUGCUUUGGCAAGCUUGGUUAUCAUUGGUUUCUGCUUUGUGAUAUUUAGAUGUUGGUGAAAAAUACGGAUUAUUGGUGCUUCAGGUCAGAGGUUCGAUUGGUUUCUGAUUCAAUACUGAAUUGCAAAGUUUAUUCAGCAGAGGAGCACUCGAGGCUUUUCCAUGAAAAAUUUGAGAUUUUUGCUUUUCCAUGGAUGGUCGAGCAAACAUUUCAGUGAAGAAGAUGAUGUUGAAAUGGUUGAGGGGAGAGACGAAGUUCCAUAUCUUUUCAACUUUGUUGUAUGUGAAAGUGAAGUUGGAAAGAACACGGAAAUACUUGUGGCAUACCAAGUUGAAUACCCCUACACUCAUGUUUGGUACGCAGGAUUCAACAUCUUUCUAUCUUAACAAUAUCUAGCACUCUAUUAAUCACCGUACCUAACAAGCCGAAAUGACAUAUCAUGGACAUGUUAGGGCCUUUUUUAGCCUUCUAUCACAUGUAGAAGGUAUAAAAUUAUAUGCUUCUGACUUCGAUAUGUUUUUAUUAGAUAUAGUAGGGAGCCAUGGGGGACAAUCCUUUGUUUCUUGUCCCUUUAUUUCUCUUUUUGGGAUAUAUAAGCAAAUAAAUUUCAAGAUUUCAUAGAAUGCAUACAUUCACUGCAUGUUGAUGUGAAGGCCAAAAAUUCAACUUGUAUUUCAUGUUUAGUAUUGUAAGUGUUGUUUAAUCCAACAUGCUAACAAUAAUGUUAUUAGAAUACUAAUUUUUCA